AUGCCAUCCGAGUCAACCCCUUGGCUGCGCUGGGUCCUCGGCAUGGGGGAACGACGUAAGCUCGGCGAUGUCGCCAUGGACAUUUUGCUCUUCGCGGGCAUGAUGACUGCUGGCCUAUACGUCGCUCGAAAUUUCUUGAAUCCUAUCCUAAGCAACAUAGCCGACCCCGAUAAAGAGAAACAUGAACAGGCCAGGCGCCAGGCGAAAGCACACCUCGAGCGUAUGAAUAGGCAUAAAAGAGAUGGACUUGACUAUGGCGAUGACAGCAGCGACUCAAGGAGAGGACCUCGGCCUGAGGAAUUAGUUCUUAACGAAUAUGAAAACCUGGUUGCGCUUGAGAUGGUACCUCCUGAAGACAUCUCUGUUGGUUUUGAUGAUAUUGGCGGCCUGGACACGAUCAUCGAAGAACUAAAAGAAUCCAUCAUCUAUCCCCUAACGAUGCCACAUCUAUACUCUCACGCUGCACCACUACUGUCUGCCCCCUCGGGAGUCCUCUUGUAUGGCCCUCCAGGCUGUGGAAAGACGAUGCUCGCAAAAGCUGUCGCCCACGAAAGCGGUGCUUCUUUCAUCAACCUACAUAUUUCGACCUUGACCGAGAAGUGGUACGGCGACUCAAACAAAAUUGUAAGGGCCGUCUUUUCGUUGGCUCGAAAGAUGCAGCCUGCUAUUAUCUUUAUCGACGAGAUUGAUGCUGUUCUUGGUACUCGAAGGAGUGGCGAGCAUGAGGCUAGUGGCAUGGUUAAAGCCGAGUUUAUGACUCUCUGGGAUGGCCUGACCUCUUCGAACUCCUCAGGAAUGCCUGCUCGCAUUAUGGUGCUGGGCGCAACCAACCGCAUUAACGACAUCGACGAGGCUAUUCUCCGCAGAAUGCCCAAGAAGUUCCCCGUUACGUUACCAGGAACUGAGCAGCGACGCAGGAUCUUGCAGCUUGUGUUGCAAGAUACAAAGACGGAUCCCGAACACUUCAACAUUGACUACGUUGCAAGAAUUACUGCUGGACUUUCAGGCAGCGACAUCAAGGAAGCGUGUCGAGAUGCGGCCAUGGUGCCUGUUCGAGAAUACAUGCGACAGCACCGCGAGAGUGGAAAGGCCAUGUCGACCGUGGACCCUAAGCAGUUCCGUGGUAUCAGGUCUGACGACUUCCUCGGUCGUGAAGGCGGGCAGAUCAAGAUGCAGCCAACACGGCAAACAAGCGGUGUUGAGGAAUUGAUUGCAGAGGAGCAGGAUUAG